AUGGCUCAAAGCUUUGGUAGCAGAAACAAUUUGAGUGGAGAAAUUCCUUCUGAGAUUGGAAAUUUAAGUUCACUUGAAUCUCUUGACUUGUCAAGAAAUCAUUUGCAUGGGAGAAUUCCUUCUUCUCUUUCUCAACUUGAUUUCUUAGGAAAAUUAGACUUGUCAUACAACUCUCUUUCUGGAAGAAUCCCAUUGGGAAGACAUUUGCAGACCUUUGAAGCCUCUUAUUUUGAAGGAAAUAUUGAUCUUUGUGGUGAACAACUCAAAAAAAGUUGUCCUGGAGACUAUUCAACCGCAAAACCAGAAGCAGCAACAGAAAAGGAGGGAGAUAAUUCUGAAUUCUAUGAAGCAUUAUACAUGCAUGGGCCUAGGAUUCUUCGUAGGAUUUUGGGGCUUAAUAGGGCCAAUUCUAAUUUGGAAACCUUGGAGAAUUGCUUACCUAAGGUUCUUGAACAUAUUGACAACUGA